CUUAUACGUUUCAGAUUGACCAGAGGGAUGUUGAGUAUUACAUACAGGUUGGUUUCUCGCUUAUUCUCUUGUGUGUUUUCAGAGUACGCAAGAUCCUGAACCUGCGGCUGUUUGAAGACGAGAACGGGCGAACGUGGAGCAAAAGCGUCAUGGACCGGGACUUUGAGGUGCUGUGUGUGAGCCAGUUCACACUGCAGUGUGUCCUUAAGGGCAACAAGCCAGACUUCCACGCAGCCAUGCCUGCAGAGCUGGCCCAGCCCUUCUACAACAGCAUCCUGGAGAACAUGAGGAGCAGCUACAAGCCCGAGCUCAUUAAGGAUGGGACGUUUGGGGGAUACAUGCAGGUCCACAUUCAAAACGACGGACCUGUUACCAUAGAGCUGAGGUCCCCCACUGGCCCAUCGGACCUCAAACAGGUAACCUAG